AUGCGAUCUUUCCAGGUUGCCCGUCGUCGGGCGUUACUACAAAGCUUCGUUGCCCCUGGCGCUUCUCAAAACUCCGCACUGAGUCAAGUAUGGAAGAGAUGCUUCAGCGCAACACCAACUGCUGCUUCCAGAUUAGCCGGCCUUGAUCCUUCCAAGCUUACAGUCACCAAGACGAGCACGCCCAAAGAGUUGACGGCUGCCAAGGACCUUGUCUUCGGAAAGACAUUCACUGAUCAUAUGCUUUCGAUUGAAUGGACAGCGGCUGAUGGCUGGCACACCCCCCAGAUCGUUCCGUACCAGAACCUGAGCCUCGAUCCCUCAGCCUGUGUGCUUCACUAUGCAUUCGAGUGCUUCGAAGGUAUGAAGGCAUACAAAGACAACAAAGGCCAGAUCCGACUGUUUCGCCCGAACAAGAAUAUGGCACGUUUGAACAAGUCGUCUUCCAGAAUUGCGUUGCCCACCUUCGACGGCGAGGCUCUGACCAAACUGAUCGGAGAAUUUGUGAAACUGGACAGCAGAUUCAUCCCCGAGUUAGUGCAAUUACAAUUCCUCAUCCAGCAGCAUUUAGUCAUGGCUAACCCCUGCUUUCCUAGUGCUCGAGGAUACUCGCUAUACCUGCGUCCCACGAUGAUCGGCACUCAAAAGACUCUUGGUGUCGGACCCCCAGGUUCCGCCCUUCUAUUCGUGAUCGCAAGCCCUGUUGGUCCUUACUACCCUACCGGCUUCAAGGCUAUCUCUCUUGAGGCCACCGACUAUGCAGUCCGCGCCUGGCCCGGUGGUGUGGGAGACAAGAAGCUAGGUGCGAAUUACGCUCCUUGUGUUCUGCCUCAACUCGAAGCUGCCUCUCGGGGCUUCCAGCAGAACCUUUGGCUCUUUGGAGAAGAGGAAUACAUCACUGAAGUUGGCACAAUGAAUCUUUUCGUCGCAAUGAAGAACAAAGAAACUGGUCAGAAGGAGCUGGUGACAGCACCAUUAGAUGGCACAAUUCUUGAAGGUGUCACUAGAGAUUCGGUGUUGGCUCUGGCAAGGGAAAGAUUGGUGCCGAAGGGAUGGGCCGUCGCAGAGCGCAAAGUCAGGAUGACCGAGCUUGCUGAAGCAGCCCAGGAGGGAAGGCUCAUUGAGGUCUUUGGAGCCGGAACCGCAGCUAUUGUGAGCCCUGUACGAAAGAUUAGCUACAAGGGUGAGCUUGUCGACUGCGGUCUGAAGGAAAACGAGGAGGCUGGGGAAAUCGCUUUGCAAAUGAAGAACUGGAUUGAGGGUAUUCAGUAUGGUGACGAGGAGCAUCCGUGGAGCUACGUCCUAUAG